AUGGUGCCUCAAGGGCCUCCCAAUCCACAUGGUGGAUCCCGGCCAAUUCCACCAUCAUUGUUGAGAUCAAAUUCCAGUUUGUUGGGAGGUCAAGGGGGUGGUAUUUCUUCGCAGAAUGCGUUCCCACCUCCGGUAUCUCCACAGAACCAAUUUAACAUGAACAUGAUUGGGAAUGGGCCCAAUGUUUCUUCUUUUCUUCAUCAGUCAUUUGGUAAUGGUGGUCCAAGUUCUGGCUCCCAGCGGGGGGAUAUUGACAGCGGGACCAAAACCAAUCCACUCUCGAGUGUUGGAAAUGGGAUGGGAUUUAAUCAUUCUUCUCCAUCUUGUUUGUCGUCGUCUAUCACGAUGAAUCCAAACUCGUCUGGUCUUCGAAGCCAGCAACAAUUGCCAAGUACUUCCGGCAAUCAGAUGUUGAUGGACGAGCAACAACUUGAUCCUCACAAUUUUCAGCAUAAUCAGCAGCAGUUUUCUGUUCCUGGCAACCCCCAACAAAAACAGCAGCAGCAAUUUCAAACAAUGAGAGCUGGAUUAGGAGGUGUUGGACCCGUUAAGCUGGAGCAACAAGUGACGCAUGAUCAAACAUCACAACAGUUGCAUGCUUUGCGAAAUCUUGGUACUGUCAAAUUGGAACCACAACAAUUACCAAAUACGAGGAACUUGGUGACUGUCAAAGCGGAACCACAACAUUCAGACGCGUCUUUGUUUUUACAGCAGCAGCAACAGCAACAGCAGCAGCAGCAACAACAGCAGCUCCUUCUGUCCAGACAGUCAUCUCAGGCGGCUGCAGCUGCACAGAUUUUGCAUCAACAGAGGCUCAUGCAAAUCCAGCAUCAGCAACAGCAGCAACUCUUGAAGUCUAUGCCUCAACAAAGAUCUCCGAUGCAAGCACAGUUACAUCUACAGAAUUGGCCUAUUAGGUCUCCUAUCAAACCAGUAUACGAGCCUGGGAUGUGUGCCCGACGGUUGAUGCAUUAUAUGUAUCAGCAACAACACAGACCUGAAGAUAAUAAUAUUGAGUUCUGGAGAAAAUUUGUGGCCGAAUAUUUUGCUCCCAAUGCCAAGAAAAAGUGGUGUGUUUCUAUGUAUGGAAGUUGCCGCCAAACUACGGGAGUUUUCCCUCAGGCUGUUUGGCACUGUGAAAUAUGCAACCGCAAACCCGGUCGUGGAUUUGAGGCAACUUUUGAGGUCCUUCCCAGACUAUUCAAAAUAAAAUAUGAAAGUGGUACAUUGGAAGAAUUACUCUACAUUGAUAUGCCUAAGGAGUAUCAGAAUUUAUCCGGGCAGAUUGUUCUGGACUAUGCAAAAGCUAUUCAGGAGAGCGUCUUUGAGCAACUUCGUGUUGUUCGUGAUGGACAACUUCGAAUAGUAUUCUCUCCAGAUCUCAAGAUAUGCUCCUGGGAGUUCUGUGCUCGGCGUCAUGAAGAGCUUAUUCCUAGAAGAUUGUUGAUACCGCAGGUUAGCCAACUUGGAGCUGCUGCCCAAAAAUACCAGGCUGCAACUCAGAAUGCGUCAUCAAAUCCUACUUCUGAGCUACAAAAUAACUACAAUGUGUUUGUUGCUUCAGCUCGUCAAUUGGCCAAGUCUUUGGAAGUCCCAUUGGUAAAUGAUUUGGGAUAUACAAAGAGAUACGUCCGGUGCCUACAGAUAUCGGAAGUGGUGAAUAGCAUGAAAGAUUUGAUUGAUUACAGCCGUGAAACUGGUACUGGUCCUAUGGAGAGCUUGUCUAAGUUUCCGAGGCCGACAAAUCCUUUGCCUGGUUUACAAGGUCAGCCUCAAGAGUCUGAGACUCAGUUAAGGCAACAGCAAGCACUGGGUCAGAACUCGAACAAUGAUAAUAUGCAUGCUAAUGGCAUGCCAAAUGCAAAUAAUGUUCUGAACUCGGGGACUGCUACUUCCUCUGCUAAUACGAUCGUCGGGCUUCUUCACCAGAACUCAAUGAAUUCUAGACAGCUAAACCCGAUGUCUGGUGUGAAUGGUCCCUAUGGUGGUAAUAGCAUUCAGAUGCCAUCACCUAGUUCUUCGAAUGCCAUGCCGCAUCCCCAACCAAGUGUAUCUCCUUUCCAAUCACCUACUCCGUCCUCAUCUAAUAAUCCAGAACAGCCACACGGUGGCACAUCUGGAGGAGCACACAUGAACUCAAAUUCAUCAAAUAUCUCAAUGCAGCAGCAGCCGGGGCUUGACCCAGAUGCGAAUGAUUCACAAAGCUCUGUUCAGAAAUUUUUUCAUGAAAUGAUGUCCUCUUCCCAGAUUGUUGGGGGUGGUAUGAACAUGGGGACAAUGGUUGAUGCUAGAAAUGUCAACGGAAUGUUGUCAAGCAGCAAUAAUGGUCUCUUAAGAAACGGCGUGGCAAAUGGUAAUCCGGGUUUUGGUGGCACUGGCUUUGGGAUCUCGGGCAAUGGACUAGGCCGUUCAACCAUGGUGAGUGGAACUCGACUGCCUGGUAAUAACUCUAUGACUACGAAUGGAAGGGUGGGCAUGGCAAUUGCGCGGGAGUUGAGCAUGAAUCAGCCACAGCCACAGCAACAGCAGGACUUGGGUAACCAAUUACUUGGUCUUGGGGCAGUUAAUGGUUUUAAUGAUCUUCAAUUUGAUUGGAAACCAUCUCCUUGA